GGGGCGCCGGGAGGGGGCCGCGCGGGCCGGUGGGCGGGGCUAGGGGAUGGGCGGGACUACGCACACCCCGCCCAAGGCCCCGCCCCAGCCCUCUCCGCGUUGCUGCUCCGACCGCGGGCGUCCGAGGGGCGGGCGCGCCGCUGCAUCCCCAUCCUCUCUGUUGCUCGGCACAGCGCGAGCAGCUAAGGGCCAGAGCGAGCGGGCGGGCGCAGCACCGAGGCCGGGCCAUGGCCACCACCAGUACCACGGGCUCCACCCUGCUGCAGCCCCUCAGCAACGCCGUGCAGCUGCCCAUCGACCAGGCAUGUUUCGAAAGGAUGAAGAACUGACUCCAUCACAGAGGGGAUUAGCUGUAAGGCGCAUGCCAAGUCUCCUGGAGUAUGUAAGUUAUACCUGCAACUUCAUGGGUAUCCUGGCAGGCCCACUCUGCUCUUACAAAGACUACAUUACUUUCAUUGAAGGCAGGCCAUCCCAUAUGACACAGUCAAGUGAAAAUGGAAAAGAAGAGAUACAGCAUGAGAGAACAGACCCAUCUCCAAAUGCAGCAGUUGCUGAGAAGCUCUUGGUCUGUGGACUCUCCUUAUUAUUUCAUUUGACCAUCUCCAACCUGUUGCCCGUGGAAUACAACAUUGAUGAGCAUUUCCAAGCCACUGCUUCGUGGCCAACCAAAGCUACCUAUCUGUAUAUCUCUCUUUUGGCUGCCAGACCUAAAUACUACUUUGCGUGGACCUUAGCUGAUGCUAUUAACAAUGCUGCAGGCUUCGGUUUCAGAGGAUAUGACAGAAAUGGAGUGGCUCGUUGGGACUUAAUUUCCAAUUUACAAAUUCAGAAAAUAGAGAUGUCAACAAGUUUUAAGAUGUUUCUUGAUAAUUGGAAUAUCCAGACAGCUCUUUGGCUCAAAAGGGUGUGUUAUGAACGAGCGUCCUUCAGUCCAACAAUCCAGACAUUCUUUCUCUCUGCCAUUUGGCAUGGGGUGUACCCAGGAUAUUACCUGACGUUUCUAACAGGGGUGUUAAUGACUUUAGCAGCACGAGCUAUGAGAAGUAACUUUAGACAUCAUUUCAUUAACCCUCCUCAACUGAAAUUAUGUUAUGAUGUUAUAACUUGGGUGGCAACACAAAUCACAAUAAGUUACACAGUUGUGCCCUUUGUACUUCUUUCUGUAAAACCAUCCUUCACAUUUUACAGCUCCUGGUAUUACUGCCUUCACAUUUGUAGUAUCGUAGUGUUAUUGCUGCUUCCAGUGAAAAAAACUCAGAGAGGAAAGACUACACAUGAAAAUGUUCAGCUCUCACUAUCCAAAAAGUUUGACGAGAGAAAAAAUUCUUUGGAACAGAACAAUUUUUCCACAACAAACAACGUUUGCAAUCAGAACCAAGACACGGGCUCUAGACACUCAUCCAUAACGCAGUGAUUUGGAUAGCACCCUGAUGACUGUUUCCUGGCUGUGAACAGAAACUCAUCUUAACACCUUCCAGGGAUGCGUGUUUAAGAAGAGACUAACUGGGGGGAAACGGGACAGUUAUAGAUAGGAGAUUUCCUGUGUACCAGGUUGGAAAUGGAAUGAAAUAACCCCUCCCAUGCCAUGUCCCUGUGGGCCACGCCUUAUAAAAUUCUUUCCAUAUUUCAAUGGGGCACUCUGACCUCAGCAUAUGUCCUCAAGGUCAUAUGUGUGCUCUGUUGCUGAAUGUACAUUGCAUAUCCCAAGGCACUGAAGAGGUGGAAAAAUAAUCAUAUCAGUCUGGAUGACUGAAAGAUUAACUUUCCAAAUGAAUGUCUUGCCUUAAACCUUCUAUUUCCUAAAAUAUUAUUCCUAAUGGUAUUUUCAAGUGUAAUAUUACAAGGAGAUGAUUUCAACAUUUGAUGUGGUGUGCUCUAAGGGAUUGAGGAGGAAUUUAAAACCAGAUAUUUAAGAUUGUGGAUAUCUUAAAAAUGCAAUAAACAUCUCAGUAUUUGAAGGGUUUUCUUAAAGUAUCUCAGAUGACUACAUUCUGUGGUGGGACUGUAAACAGUAAGGGCUGCUAAAUUAUAGGUAGCUUAUUUUUUUUCUGGGGAGCUUAAUUACCUUGUGUCAGUCAGGGAGCCCUUCCAGGAGGAAUUUCUGAAACAUAAUUAAAGGUUAGCAAUGUGAUAUUUUAGGCUUAUUUUCUUAAAAAAAAUAACAAGAGAAGAUGAGGCAAGCAGGUCAGAAUGAAGAAAGUGAUGUGUGGCCAGGAGCUAGAAGCAGAGGGCUUCCCCGUCUGUAUCUGAGAUCAGUGCAACUGUGGGACACAAAAGGUUAAUAACGUGAUUAUACUGUGGACUUUUCAAUGAAAUUUAUCAAGCAUAAAUGAUAUAGAAUAAGAAAAGAUUAUGAGAGUAACAAUAGUAGACUAUUGGAGAGUUUUGAAGGAAAUCUCUAGGAAUGAAGAUUGCUAUGUGGCUAAUCAGUUUCUUUUCCCUCUUACUUUCAUUGCUGUUUGUGGAAGAUUUAGGGAAAAGAAAACUUAGUUGAUGAUUCUGAAUGGCAUUGUUUUGAAAAUCAAUAAAUUAGUUUCUAAACUUUUUUAACCUCAUGCAUUUAAAUUUUUUUCUGUUAAACUCUUGUUAAAAGAAUUUUAGAGUAUAUAAAAACAGAAAUGUAUUUUCCUCUUAGGGGCCAUUUUUGCUGUGAAUGAUCCUGCCUUGUGUCUGUAACCUGAACAGCACAGCAUAGUCAUUCAGGCUUUAGCAGCUGUAAGGGAGGUGGGUUUGAGGCCUGGCAACUGUGACCGUAGCUACAGACCACUGUUUCCAUCCUGUUGGAGAGGAGGGGCAGAGCUUUUGGGCUUCACUGUUGUUUGAACAAUCUUCUGCCAAAUUUGUUUUAUUUUUGCCUUAAAUUUUCAAAUGAAAUGCAAAUUGUCUGUGGUUUUUUUGUUUUGUUUUUUGUUUUUUGUCACUAAUGCCUUGUAAGUGAAGUUGAGGUGCCAAGAAUGGUAGUUUGAACUGCUUAGUAUUUUCAGCUAAAGAAGAAAGGCAGAGUUUGUACAGUUGAAGUUCUGAGGCCUGGCAGCAAAGGCGCCAGCUGUUGUUCUAGAAUUUGAGAGAUAUCCUUGGCCCAUUUUUACUUUUCUGAAGGCAGGUUUCUAUCUGUUGAGGUGAGUCCUCUACCCUACCCCACUCCCCACCCCAGAAAAGGACAGGUGGCUAAAUAAAUGUCAGUUUUCCCAGCAGUUGAAAUUAAACUGGCGGUAGAAUUUGAGAGUGUUCAUGGACAGUACCUGCUCCAAAAUGACUCUGGCAGCUUCAUGAACGCUGUGGACAAUCCAGUCACUGUUAAAGAAAGUGAUCAGACCCAGAGUUUAAAGGGCAACUCUGGGCAUUUCAUAAGUGAAAAACGAGAAAGCCCAGUAAAACCUUCGGAGGGUUUUUGUUGUUGUUGUUGUUGUUCAUACUAUCCAGCCACUUAGAAAUAGUCACCAUUUUUUUCUGUUAUCUGAGCAUAUUUUGUUUCUGAGCCUUUACACUUAUGUCACUGUUACCUGUUUCUGGCUCAGUGAACUUACAAUCAUAGAGUACCAUGAGCCAGAAAGCAAGACAAUUGAUAAUUGUUCUGCUUCCUAUGAAAAUGAUAUAUCACAGUUCCAAUCUGACUGCUUUUUUUUUUUUAAAAUACCCUUCUGCAUCUACCAGUUACAUUUAUGAAACAAUUUUUGGAUGACUGUUUUCUGAUUUGGAGAAAUAAUCACAAAGAUGAAAUCUAAAAUAAAAAUAACUAGAAUUCUUAAAUUUUUUCAAGAAAAAAUGUUCUAUAAAAAUACAAAAUGAACAUCUAUCUACUUGGGAUGUUGAAAAGAUAAUUUUGCUUCUAUUUAGAAGGAUUUCCUACUAAUGCUUCUACUACCAUCAAGCCUAAAGGAGUUCUUUAUAAUAUACACUUGUUUACUUUUAAUCAACAGAAUAGGAAUUAGUGUGGCUUUCUAUUUUCCAUUCCUCAAAUCACUCCAUAGAUGGUCAAUCCACAUCAUGUUUGUACUUCUGUUUAAUUAAAUGCUACUCAGGGAAAAAUAAAAAUAUUCUUCCCAUGUUUUCAUUUUCUCAAAACAAUAAUAAUUUGAUGUGUCUCCUGCAGACUUGCUCUGUUUUUAAAAUGCACAUUUUAAUUGGAAUUUAGAGUGAUUAAAGAUGCUAAUCUAGCUUCUAGAAUAUCUAGUACAGAAGAUUCUCUGGGCUUCAGCAGUGCCCACCCUACCUCUUGGCAGUCACCACCAUCUACUUGACUAAAAACUUUUUGUUGCUGGUCCCCACCAUGUGUAACACUCACACAGGGAAUUUCCACACAUACCACUUUUGAGAUAAAAUUUGCAGUGGAGAAGAGGUUUCUAAAAAGUAAUGGUGACUUUCUGUGAGUACCAGUUUGUAUGGCUAGGCUUUGCCUGGGGAGUCACUAUCCUGUAGGGCUUGAGGAAAAAGGGUCAGAGCCGUACAGGGUCUGUAGGAGUCAAGGGCAGGUUCACCAGGUAACUAGUCAUGGUCUGCUGCUUUUUUAUUACUGGUGCUCAAAGUACUGACUUUUAAAAAAAGGUUGUCAUAGCAACAGGAGGAAACCCUUUUAACCCAUUAACUCAGAAUGUGUAGCAACAUGCCGUUUUCCUUUUCUUUGCUUUUUGCUUUCUGUUUGUGCUGUGUAGAGUUGGAGAUGAUUUAUGCCAUUAAAUACUUGGUAUAAAUGACUGAUUUUACUCAACAGGGUUUACUUCCAUAUAACUUUUCAACAAUUAUUUCAUUCAAGGAAUUUAAUUACACAUUUUUUUUAAUGACAGAAAAAUAGUUUAAAAUUUUGCCAUUAAAAUAGUCAUAGACGUUUUACUUUUGAGGACUAAACUUUGAGAACAUUUUUUUCCUAUUUAAAAUCCAUGCCUUGGGGCUGGAGAGAUGGCUCAGCAGUUAAGAACAUUGACUGUUCUUGCAGAAGACCUGGGUUCAAAUCCCAGCACCCACAUGGCA